AUGUCCUUUAAACAAAGAGAAUUGAAAGAAUUCCUAAAGAAGAAUAAAGUGGACCUGAUGGGCUGUUAUGAAACAAAGGUUAGAGACAAUAAAGCAAGCAAAGUACAGCAUGCUCUUGCCUCAGGAUGGAGCUUUACUUGCAAUUAUGGCUCUGCUAUCAAUGGAAGAAUUUGGUUAAUUUGGAAUGCAAGUGUGGACCUUCUAGUUGUGAAGGAGACUAAUCGGGCUGUACAAUGUCUUGUGCAUAACAGGAACUCCACAUUUAGCAGCACAAUUACUUUUAUCUAUGGACUCCAUACUGUAGCUGAUAGACUAACACUGUGGCAACAAUUGAGAGAUAUGCACAAUACUAUACAGGGGCCUUGGCUAAUUGUUGGAGAUUUUAACAAUGGACUAAUAGUUAAUGAUAGAAUUAAUGGGGCACCAGUGCAUCAAGCAGAAAUUACUGAUUUCCAGGACUAUAUGGAGGACCUGGGAUUAGGAACACUAACUAGAAGUGGAUGCUCAUAUUCCUGGAGUAACAAAAGGGAUGCAGGUGAAAGAAUAUAUAGCUUAAUUGAUUGGGCAUUGGGGAAUGCUGCAUGGUUUCACACUUACACUGGCAUUAGCUCCUUACUUAUGCUACGACAAUGCUCUGACCACUCCCCUAUUAUGCUAAAAACUACCUUAAACAGGUCCUCUAGGAAAACACCCUACAGAUUACUAACAGUGUUGUUGCAGAAAAAUCAAUACAAACAAGCUGUUAAGAAAAUUUGGGAAAGGAACAUACCAGGAUUUACCAUGUAUAGUAUAUGGAGAAAACUCAAGCUUUUGGAACUGUAUACUAGAAAUAUGCACAAGGAAUACUCAUCCCUAGAACUGAGACUGGUGGAACUCAAAAGGAGAUUAAAGGAUAUACAGGAUGACUUGAAUAUGGACUACUUCAAUCAACAACUCAUAGAGGAGGAAAGAACUAUCAGUCAACAAAUUGUGAAGUGGGAUGGUAUACAUGAAAAGGAAUUUAGAGGUUUUUUCCAACAAUUAGUAGGUGCAGCUGCUCAAUCAUUACCAUGCUUAGAUAUAACUAUUCCUAGAGAUGUCCCCUACUUGACUCUUAGUCAACAACAACAAAUGGUGUUGAUAAUAACCAGAAAAGAAAUACUAGAUGUUGUUGUUGAUUUGCCCCUUGAUAAAGCACCUGGCAUUGAUGGUUAUCUAGCAGAGUUCUUCAAACAAAAUUGGGAUGUAGUAGGAGAAGAUGUUAUAAAAGCAGUAACUCAGUUCUUUGAAUCAGGGAAAAUUCUCAAAGAGGGUUAA